UCCAGUGUUUAAAUGUCAAAUGCCGCACGAGCUAAGAACACAACCAACCACACAGCGAUGAAACCUACACCAAAUGUGAACUAAGAAUCCAAUCAGCAAUCCGGCAAUCAUUUGACAUUUUCAAUGGCCAACAACAACUACUGUGUAAUCAUCAUGUGGGUCAGUGUGUGAGUCUGCUGAGUGUGGAGUGUGAGGAUCUGCUGGAGCUGAAGCUAACCUUGCCAGCUUUCGUUUUCAUUGAGUCGGUCGAACAACUUGUGAAAAUUGCACAAUUGCCGCUGACUGAUACUGGUGACUCACCUCACAACAGCAAUGCUGACAACAACAACAAUGGCGACAGCUCAGCUUGAAACCCGGCUUGGUGAGCUCAUUUUGAACCUCGCUGAGAUGCCGAACAAAAAGCUUGGCUCAAAGCAGCAUCUACGCUUAUGGCAAUUGCAACUACUCGCAAGCAAUGUAUCUGUAUCUGUAUCUGUGGCCAAGAGUCGUGUUAGUGUGGGUUCGUGCUGCGAACUACGAUCUGCAAGCUGCGAGCGCAGGAGACAAAGUCGUAGUCGUAGUCGUAGUCGAAGCCGCGACUACUAUAUAAAGCUCUUAAAUAGGGCCGCCGCUGCACAGUUCGAUCCGUUGCAGCUUUCACUUACCACAGCCAAACGGGCAACGGAGUAA